CAAUGAACUGAGCCAUGUUCAAAUCCCUGUUAUGUUGAUGCCAGAUGACUUCAAAGCCUAUUCAAAAAUAAAGGUGGACAAUCACCUUUUUAACAAAGAGAACAUGCCGAGCCACUUCAAAUUUAAGGAGUACUGCCCAAUGGUCUUCCGUAACCUGCGGGAGAGGUUUGGAAUCGAUGAUCAGGAUUUCCAGAAUUCCUUGACCAGGAGUGCACCCCUGCCCAAUGACUCCCAGGCACGCAGUGGAGCCCGUUUUCAUACGUCCUACGACAAAAGAUAUGUCAUCAAGACUAUAACCAGUGAAGACGUAGCCGAAAUGCACAACAUCCUGAAGAAAUACCACCAGUAUAUAGUGGAAUGUCAUGGGAUCACCCUUCUUCCCCAGUUCUUGGGCAUGUACCGGCUUAAUGUCGACGGAGUUGAAAUAUAUGUUAUUGUUACAAGAAACGUGUUCAGCCACCGUUUAUCUGUAUAUAGGAAAUAUGACUUAAAGGGCUCUACAGUGGCUAGAGAAGCUAGUGACAAAGAAAAGGCCAAAGAACUGCCAACUUUAAAGGAUAAUGAUUUCAUUAAUGAGGGCCAAAAGAUUUAUAUUGAUGACAACAACAAAAAGGUAUUCCUGGAAAAACUGAAAAAGGAUGUUGAGUUUCUUGCCCAGCUAAAGCUCAUGGACUACAGCCUGCUAGUGGGAAUUCACGACGUGGAGAGAGCCGAACAGGAAGAGGUGGAGUGUGAGGAGAAUGACGGGGAGGAGGAAGGGGAGAGCGACGGCACCCACCCUGUCGGGACCCCUCCAGACAGCCCUGGGAAUACAUUGAACAGCUCACCACCCUUGGCUCCAGGGGAGUUUGAUCCGAACAUUGACGUUUAUGGAAUUAAGUGCCAUGAAAACUCACCCAGGAAGGAGGUGUACUUCAUGGCCAUUAUUGACAUCCUUACUCAUUAUGACGCAAAAAAGAAAGCGGCCCAUGCUGCAAAAACUGUUAAACAUGGCGCUGGUGCGGAGAUCUCAACUGUGAACCCAGAACAGUAUUCAAAGCGCUUUUUGGACUUUAUUGGCCACAUCUUGACGUAACCUUCCGCGCAGCUUCGGACAGACAUGAGCAUGGAUCAGACAGAGGUGGCUUCGGUGUAGGAAAAAUGAAAACCAAACUCAGUGAAGUACUCAUCUUGCAGGAAGCAAACCUCCUUGUUUACAUCUUCAGGCUGAGAGACUGAUUUGGGAGCUACUCGCUUUACAGCUACCUGAUACUUUCCAGCGUCGUUCUAGCUAUUUCUGACUGUGUGUGUGCGUGCGUGUGCAUUUUAAAGUAAUUCAUUAAUUAAUUAAAAUCAGUCAGCUCCAGUCAGAAUGCAUUCUGAAAAACCCUCUGAUUCCAGCUGUAACUGAAUGAACGAAUGAAUGAAUGCACAUGUGUAGGGGGAGGGGAGAAGGAAAUGCAUGUCAGAGCAACCAUGUGGACAUCACACGAUAAACUGUGGAUCAGUUUAUUUAUUUUUUUUUUGAGUUGAAAGAUGUGAGACAGUAUUCAUAAUAAUAAUGAAGAUAAUAAUAAUGAUAAUAAUAAUGAUGAUGAUUCAGAGGAAAAAAACUUACCAUGAAUGUUACACUUCCACCCCGCACGCAGACACUCCUUAACAGUUGUAACCCAAGGCCCCGGCAUCGGACGGGAGAAUGCAGGCAUCGCCAUGUGUACUGGUUAAGGGUCCUGUCCCCAGCGGUGCCGGGACCCCCAGUGUCACGGAGCAGCCACCCCUCCCCGACAAGGAGCUGAUGCCCCAGUGACUCUGUCUACACGUCUUCACCUUAGUAAAUAUGUCCAGGAAAACUGCUUACUUCUCUUUUCUUGCCUGGAGCCUUCAUUGUUACACCCUUAUGUUGCAGUAUAGGAAUUAAUGAUAUAAAAUGAAAAUAAAGCUCACCUGAAAAGUGCAUAGUUUGGGGCAAUGGUGUCUACAUCUCUCACUGCAGGAAGACAAGCAAAGUGUUAAAACUCUCAAUUCUCCUGUCACUGAGUGCAUAUAAGGUGUUUAUGUUUGACCAUGAUUUAAACAGUGGGAUUUUAUUAUGAAUUAUCCCUUUAACUGAAACCUUCAGUUUUACUGUUUACAUUAUUAGAAAAACAGGGAUAUUUUUGAAUCUAAAAUUUUAAUGUACAGCAUGUGAUUUUUGAAGUUUACAUGUAAAGUCAUUUUACAGUGUAGGUGAAAUAAUGUGUGUCAUAUUUUGAGAUGUAUCCUGCAAGUCAUGUUUUUGAGUGAAUGUUUUAUUCAAAGUACAUGGCAGACAGUCUUUUACAAUAAAAGGAAAAGAAUUUUUUGUUUCCUCUAGAUGUACAUUUAUCAACCUAAUUUUCUUAAAAAAGAGGUUUCACCCCAAUUUGGUCAUGUAAGUUCAUUGCCCUAAACUGUGCUGAUUGUUUUUAAUCAAGUUAUACAUUCCCAGCCUAGAUCAUGUAUCUGCUAACUUUUCUGCAUUUUCUGAAAGGCAUCAAGCUUAAGACAUUAGACUUGCUUAGAGUAGAUUAUUCACUUACCUGCUGUGCUAAAGCUGUGCCUUUGAAAUUUUUUGUUUCAAACAUGAGAUAAUUUUUGUAGGCAGUUUCAGAAAAGAAAAAAAAAAGUCUACCCUUUAAUUAUUACUUACAACUCAACAAAUCUCUCUGCCCUACUACCUUUUUAAGUAACUUUACUUCAGGGCUAUCCAGACUGUAAGUUGUGCCCAAUGUUUGUGGAUUCAUUUCACAGAAUCUUUGGAAGCCAGCAGCUAUGCCAUUCCUACUACUGUCUACUGACUUCACAUAGAUUUGUUAUCCUCGGCAGCUGAUGUUAACACCACCAUAACAUAGUUGUCAAAUUCAUAUUUUAUGUGUUUAAAUUAAUUGAUACUAUGAUUUGGAUUUUCCUCCUGCACCAUCAAUUCUGACAUCAAAUCAGUUUUCAUGUUUUGAAGUUGUACUGUGGUGUCUUUGACCCAAGACGACAAAAGGAAGACCCUGAAGUAAAGAUAGGUACACAUGCAUUAUUUGAGUAACUAUUUCCUUUGUGGCCAAUCUGUAUAUGCUUUUAGAAGUUUACAAAUUGCUUUUAUUUUUGUCUAUGACAGUCUCUGUCAUUUAUUUCUGUUGAUAAACUAUUUGGACAGAGUAAGAAGUUUGCCCUGUAUCUCCUAGUGCUAACAAUACACUCCAGUCAUGAGCCGGGCUUUACAAAAUAAAGCACUUUGAUGACUCACA